AUGUGGAUUAGGGUGUUUUCAAGCAUCUUUCUCCAUCUGUUUCCACAGAGUGGAACUUUUCGAAUGGUGUCCGAGGAGGAGCAGGCCCUCAGGGCGAAACUGGAGCACCUCACGGUCAAAGACCAUGGGCCCGUGUUUGAACCCUCUGCACAAGUACCAGACCACACCAUGCAGAAGGCUAAAGAUGAGUUGAAUGAGACGGAUGAGAAGCGAACGUCAGCUGUGAAGGAGCUCAGAGGAAUUAUCAAGGAGAAGGCAGUUACUGGAGAUGAGCUUGCUAAAGGUGUUCAGGAUACUUUUGGGGAACCCGACGGCGUGCUGGUGAGGUUCAUCCGUGCCAGGAAAUAUGAUGUAAACCGGGCCUAUGAACUCAUGAAGGGUUAUGUGCGCUUCAGACGGGAUUAUCCUGAACUUUUUGAAAACUUGACCCCGGAGGCUGUGCGCAGCACCAUUGAGGCUGGAUACCCAGGAAUUCUAUCCAGCAGAGACAAAUACGGCCGUGUGGUGCUGCUCUUCAACAUCGAGAAUUGGGACUAUGAGGAGAUCACUUUUGAUGAGAUCCUCAGAGCUUAUUGUGUGAUCCUGGAGAAGCUUCUGGAAAACGAGGAGACUCAGAUCAACGGGUUUUGCAUCAUCGAGAACUUUAAGGGUUUCACAAUGCAGCAAGCGUCCGGCAUCAAGCCCACAGAGCUGAAGAAAAUGGUGGACAUGUUGCAGGACUCUUUCCCUGCCCGUUUCAAAGCAGUGCACUUUAUCCACCAGCCCUGGUACUUCACCACCACAUACAAUGUGGUCAAACCCCUGAUGAAGAGCAAACUGCUGGAAAGGGUGUUUGUCCACGGCGAUGAGCUGGAAAACUACUUCAAGGAGUUCGAUGCUGAAAUCCUGCCGUCAGACUUUGAUGGUAAGGGCUCCAAAUAUGACGGCAAGAUCACAGCAGCACAUCUGUUUGACUAG